AUGAAUCCUACCAUCAUCACAUUCUCUGUGCAGGAUGACAGCGGAUUGUUUCUGCCACAAGACAAUGACAAGGAGGAUAUUGGCCAUAAAAUUAGCAUAGAGCACGAGCCGCCCAUGACCAUCAGUAACCGAAACCAAAAGAGCCAAAAUCAAUCAGCACCGCUGCUAUUAUCACCCCAAUCCAUCCUAAACAAACCAGGAAAAACAAGCAGUUCUCCCAAUGUGCUCCUGCCACAAGCAGAUGCCAUCACCAAAGACAAUGAGCUGAGACGACCCAGUCUAGUUAAAUUCAGCAACAACACAAGCAAUAGUACCGUAUUCUACGACGCCGUGACAGAGCAGCAAGAAAAGCGCAAAAAGUCAAUUAGUGCCACACUGGCCAGCAGUCGUCGACCCUCGCUCAUAUCUCGCAUAUCAUCUGCCUAUACCAACAAAAUAGCAGAAAUUCCCUUUCAUGAGAUAGAUCCAUUUGAUCAGCAUUUACUGCAACAGGGCAUCGUGCUCUGUGCCAAUGUGCUCAGUGCGCAUCAAGAGAUUCGAAAGAAGGCGCUCAAGUGGAGCAAAUAUAGAGCCGUCAUUACGCAAUCAGGGUACUUGGAACUGUACCAUGUUUGUGUGCAUCAAGAACGAAAUCUGUUAAACAGCCUUGCUGCUGCUGCUGCUGCUGCUGCUGCUGAUAGCUGCAUUCACAGCCAUCUACCGCAAUACCGAAAGCCUCGAUUCAUCAUUGAUCUUCACCCGUCUGUAGACAACCUAUUGUUUCAAAAAAAAAAGCGCUUGUUUCGCAACAGAUAUCGUUGUUCAAUCUCUGCAGCAGAGCAAAAGGCACUGCUGGAUGGCACCUAUUUUCUUUUUCUCAUGUCACCUAUUGAUUUUUCAUGGUCAUUGAUCUCGGCUCGACAAAAGUUCUAUUUCCAAACAGCCUCUAUCAGUGAAUCGCAGCAGUGGUAUCAGUCUCUGUACGCUUGUCUGCCCAACAAAUCAAAGCGGCCAUUGCCGACGGUUGUUGAUCUCAAGGUGCCCGAAUUAUCCGUGUGUAUCAGACUGCCAUUAUCUGAAUUGAUGAAGCUGGAAGAAGAGAACAUUGAUCUAAAAAGGACACGAGACAGUGCUCUCGUAUUACUGCAUCGGUACGGGCAUCGGCCACCACAUUGGAAUAGACGAACAACUGGAUUGCAGUGGAGAUACAAACAGCAUGCUGAUUGGACUGUUCGACCUCAUUCAGAUAAGCAUGAUGAAGAGGAAGAAAGUGCAUUUACUGCCUUUUUAAUAGAGCCACGGCUUGUUGAAAAGACACACCAAUUGGAGCUGCGUUACUAUCAAGAAGAGGAGCAAAGCAUUGCAAAGCCGUGGGAGGGUUAUCUGAACCGUAUCACGAAAGCUGGCAGAUUCGUCUUGCAUUAUGCGCAAUCCCUGGACAACUUUUUGUUUCUGUUUGAAACGGAACAGAAGCAGCGGCUAUCAUCAUCACCAUAUCCAAACUGCUUGGCGCUGCUCUUGUCUAAAAAAGAGAAACUCAACAUCUCCCGUAAACAACACAUCCCUAUUGAAAGCAGUGAUUGA